AUGUCAGCCCCACAGGAGGAUGAGAGGCUGGUCCUCCUCGAGAGCCUGGCCACGGCACUGCUGCGUGUCCGGCCGGACAAGUGGGCCAAGUUUGUGGCCAGCGAGGAGACUUCAGUCAUGCUGGACAAGUUCUUCAAGCAGCCAGAGCUGCUGGAGCUGGUGCUGGUGCUGACCCCUGCCGGGCAGCUCCAGCCCACCACCUCCUUCCCACCUGCCCUGAAGGGCAAGGGAAUCUACUGCGUGAAGAAGAAGGGGGAGAACGUCACCGGGGAGAACUGUCGGAGCACGCUGCUGGUGGGAGACAUGGGCGCCUCGCCCGUGGAGCAGCUCAUCACCGUGCUGCUGGAGGUUGUGACCCCUCUGCUCCUGAGCCAGGAUGAGGGUGCGAACUGGCCCAGGAUUGUGGUGGAGGACGUCGUGCGCCACACUCAGCAGCUGCAGAACAAGAUGUUCAUGAUGACCGGGAAGAUCCAGGGGAAGCCACUGCUGCCACUGCCCGAGCACCUGGUCAGCUGGGAGGACUCAGGCGCCGCCCUGGACUGCCUGGUGGGGCCCAUAGAUGGCACAGUGCUGCACUCCAUCGAGACCGUGAUCAUCGAGUGGUUCCAGCAGGUUGAAGAGAUCUUCGGCCAGGACCCAGCGCAGCAGCUGCUGGAGGGGCUGCACCCCGUGCCCAGGGUGGAGUUUGAUUUCUGGCAGACCAGGGUGACCAGCCUGGAGUGCAUCAGUGAGCAGCUGGUCACACCCCAGGUGACAGUGCUGGCCAAGGCCCUGGAGAAGGCUGACAGCUGCUACUGGCCAUCGCUGCAGAACAUGUUCAGGGCCGUCAGUGGGGGUCUGGAGGAAGCCAAUGAUGUCAACCUGCACCUGCAGCCGCUGCAGGCGCUGCUGGAGGAGAUGGAGCAAAUGGAAUACACCGAGCUGCGGCCCUUGGUGCCCAAGGUGCUCUGCACCAUCUGCCUGCUCCGGGCUCACUGCGUGCACUACCACUCGCCUGCCCACAUAGCCCGGAUCCUGCAGGAGACCUGCAACUUCUUCAUCAGCCUGACCUAUAAAUUCCUGAACCCAGAGGACAUGCUGAAGGGGCUGCAAGGAGAGCCCCAGGAGACCCUGCAGGGACUCAAACACGCCAUCUCCGUCACAGAGAAGUUCUUCCAGUCCUACAGCACUUACUGCUCUGAGCUAACGACCACAUUCUUCCCGGAGCAGGAAGAGCUCCGGGAGUUUCCCCCCCCGCAGAUCUUUGGGAGGAUGGAUGCCUUCCUGCACAGGCUCAAGGCCAUCAAGGAGCUGUUCCAGGUUGCCAUCGACUUCCAGAGGCUAGAGAAGACAGUGCUGGGAGGGGUGCGAGGGAACUUCCUUGGGACCUGGGUGUUGAGGAUCUCUGAGGAGGUCUGUGAAGCCACCAAGGCUUUUGCUGACUGCAAAUACGAUCCCUUGGAUCCCGAUGAAGAGGAAUGGAAUAGAGACUUUGCAGAGUUCCAGAAGAAGGUUGAGGACGCAAACAAGCAGCUGGCCGCCAUCUUCUGCCAGGGCUUUGACGACUGUAACCGGCUGACAGCUGCUGUGAAGCUGGUGCACAUGUUUGCCACCGUGCUGGAGCGGCCCCUGAUCAAGGCUGAGGCUUCCCCCUGCUACCUGGCCCUGCUGGGGAUGUUCGAGGCGGAGCUGGAGAGCGUGAAGAUGCUGUACGACACCCGGUUCGUGUCGCCGCCGCCCCCCAGGGGCGGCCCGGCCAUCCACAAGAACAUGCCGCCGGUGGCCGGGCAGCUGAAAUGGGCUCUGGAGCUGCAGCAGCGCCUGGAGGGGCCGCGCAAGGACCUGCUGGCCAUGAAGCACCCAGCCAUGGUGGGUGCCGAGGCUGAGCUGGUGUCGGGGAAGUACGAGGAGAUGAUGGGGCUGCUGCAGAGCUACAGCAAGAGGAUCUACGAGGAAUGGGCGAGCGGGCCCGGCAAGGACUGCCACUUCAGCCUGGAGCAGCCUCUGCUGCAGAGGGACGCCGAGUCCGGCUUCCUCAGCGUCAACUUCAGCAAAGAGCUCUCGGCCGUCCUGCGGGAGGUGAAGUACCUGCACAUCCAGCAGCAGCAGGACAUCCCCACCAAUGCUGAGAACCUCUUUGCCCAAAAUGAGACUUUCCAAAAGAUAGGGGACAACCUGGCGCUCAUUGUGGGCUGGUACAAUCAGGUGAAGCAGCAGCUGAUGCCAGUGGAGCAGCCACUGCUGGCAAAGGAGCGGGAGGCCCUGGAUGUCCGUCUGUCCAGUGCUGAGAAGACUCUGUUCUGGAGCCAUGAAGGUGUCAUGGAAUAUAUCCAGGACAUGAGGGAGACCCUGCACGACCUGCAGAGACGAGUCCAGACAGCGAAGCUAAACCUGCAGAGCAUCACCCAGCUGAUGGAGGACUGUGCAGCCACUCCCUUGUUCGGAAGAAAGGACAACAAGGAAACGGCGCUCCUGGACCUCGAAGGCAAAGAAAACGCCAUAGCUCAGCGCCGUGCCCUCAUCGAGAGCACGGGCGAGAAGAUCCAGGCCAUGGUGAAGGAGAACGCAGAGAUGUUUAAGGCUGAUGUAGCCUCACGGAUAUGGCACAGCUAUGUGGCACACAUCGACAAAAUCGUGUUGGAUGGGCUCUGCAGGCUCGUUCACAGGUCCCUGCAGCUGCUGCUCACCAACAUGGACCCCGAGGCGCAGGUGUCGCCGCUGUUCGAGGUGCGCAUGGAGCUGUCCGAGGGCCGCGUGCAGUACCAGCCCUCCCUGGAGGUGGGGGCCGGCGACAGCUUCUUGGUGCUGGUGGAGGGGCUGCUGGGGGACACGGAGGGGGUGGCAGCCUCCAUGCCACGGCUGCUGGAGGGGGCGAUCAGCUACAAGGCGGCGCUGGAGGAGCAGCAGGAUCUCCUGAGGAUGCAGGAGCAGCUGAUGUCGCUGGUGGUCAGCACCAUGGCAGAAGGUGAAGAAUUCAGUGCCAGCUUUGAGGAGCACUCCCACCUGUGGAAAGAGAGCCCCGAGGAGUUCCUGCAGCGCUUCCUCACCUUGGACAGUGCCUCUGAAGAGGGAGAGGCAGAGCCCAAAGGAGAGCCAGAGAAGCCCUUGGCACCUGGGAUACCGCCCCUGGCACUCUUUCAACAGGAGAUCGAUGUGCUGGAGGCACUGCACGAAGAGGUGCUGGAGUUUGAGGAAACCAGGGUGUUUGGGGGGUGGCUGCAGAGCGACUGCCGCCCCUUCAAGAAGGCGCUGCUGAGUGCCAUCAAGGGCCACAGCGUGGUGCUCCGGCAGUACCUCGCCCAACACGUCACCAGCAGCCUCGAGGAGCUGCAGAAUUUCAUCAAAGAGUCCACUGCUGGCUUGAGUAAACCUCUGGAGGAGGGAGACUAUGAAGGACUGGUGGAGGUGAUGGCGCACCUGGCGAAGGUCAGGGAGAGGCAGGAGGUGACUGACAUGAUGUUUGAGCCCCUGAAGGAGACGGUCGCGCUGCUCAAGACUUACGGGGACAAGAUGCCGGAGGAGAUCCACCUGCUGCUCCAGAAGCUGCCCGAGAGCUGGGACAACAACAAGAAGCUGUGCCUGCGGGUGGCGGACAGCGCGGCGCCCCUGCAGGCGGCCGAGGCCGCCAUCCUCCGCAGCAAGUGCCAGGACUUCGAGGUGCAGCAGCUCGCCUUCCGGGAGAGCUUCCAGGGAAAUGCUCCUUUCUCGUACACAGAACCAGAGCCCUACAAGUCACUGAACAGGCAACAUAAGAGCAUCACAGUCUUGGAGAAGGAAAUGGAAGCCCUGGCCACCUCAGCUGCUCUGUUUGAGGUGUCAGUCCCAGAGUACAAACAGCUCAAAACGUGUCGCAGGGAGCUGCGCCUGCUGAAGGACCUCUGGGACAUGGUGACCCUGGUGAACAUGAGCAUCGCCAGCUGGAAGACAACCAAGUGGGCAGAGCUUAACGUUGAGGAUAUGGAUAUUGAGUGCAAGAAAUUUGCUAAAGACAUCCGGGGUUUGGAUAAGGAGGUGAAGGGCUGGAACGCGUUCACGGGGCUGGACAGCAGCAUGAAGAACAUGAUGACCUCCCUGCGCGCCGUGAGCGAGCUGCAGAACCCAGCCAUCAGGGACCGGCACUGGCAGGAGCUUGUGCAGACAGCCAAGGUGGAAUUCACCAUGUCCGAGAACACCACCCUGGCGGAUCUGCUGCAACUCAACCUGCACAAGUUUGAGGAGGAGGUUCGCGGCAUUGUGGACAAAGCGACAAAGGAGGCUGGGAUGGAGAAGGUGCUGAAUGCCCUGGACACUACUUGGGCAGGAAUGCAGUUUGAGUAUGAGCCCCACGGCAGGACCCAGCUCCCGCUGCUCAAGAUGGAUGAGGCGCUCAUUGAGACACUGGAGGACAACCAAAUGCAGCUGCAGAACGUGUUGGCAUCCAAGUACCGAGCCUUCUUCCUUCAGAGGGCACAGGACUGGCAGCAGAAGCUGUCAACCACUGACACUGUUAUCAACACCUGGUUUGAAGUACAGAGGAAGUGGAGUCACCUGGAAACAAUCUUCAUAGCAUCUGAAGACACACGGAGUCAACUGCCAGAGGAGUCGAAGAAAUUUGACACCAUUGACGAGGAUUUCCGAGAUCUAAUGGCUGAUGCAGUACAAACUCCCAACGUGAUCGAAUGCACCAACAAGCCCGGGCUGCACACCAAGCUGGAAGCACUGCAGGACAGGUUGGCGGUCUGUGAGAAGGCCUUGGCUGAAUACCUGGAGACCAAAAGACUGGCUUUUCCCCGGUUCUAUUUUGUCUCCUCUGCGGACCUACUGGAUAUUUUAUCCAAGGGGACCGAGCCCCUUGAGGUGUCCCGGCACUUGACGAAGCUGUUUGACAGUUUGGCCAAGCUGAAGUUCCAGGAGGGCGCAGACAAAAAGCCCCUGAAGGUGGCCCACGGGAUGUUCAGCCGGGACGGGGAGUACAUGGACUUCGAUGCAGACUGUGACCUGUCUGGCCAGGUGGAGGUGUGGCUGAACCGGCUGCUGGAGCGCAUGCGCUCCACGCUGCGCAGCCUCAUGCCCCAGGCCCUGGGCACCUACGAGGACAAGCCACGGGAGGAGUGGGUGUUUGACUACCCAGCACAGAUCGCUCUCACGUGCACCCAGAUCGCCUGGACCACAGAGGUUGGAGUUGCCUUUGCGAGUCUGGAGAAAGGUUAUGAGAAUGCCCUGAAGGAUUAUAACAAAAAGCAGAUCGCUCGGCUGAAUGCCCUGAUUUCCCUGCUCCUUGGGAACCUGAGUGCUGGAGACAGAAUGAAGAUCAUGACAAUCUGUACUAUUGAUGUCCAUGCAAGGGAUGUUGUGGGCAAAAUGAUCCAAACAAAGGUGGAGACCUCGCAGGCGUUUGCGUGGCAGUCCCAGCUGCGGCACCGCUGGGAUGACGGGGAGAAGCACUGCUUCGCCAACAUCUGCGACGCGCAGCUCUGCUACGCCUACGAGUACCUGGGGAACACGCCCCGGCUGGUGAUCACCCCCCUGACCGACAGGUGCUACAUCACCCUGACCCAGUCCCUGCACCUCUACAUGGGGGGGGCCCCCGCUGGCCCCGCGGGCACCGGGAAAACAGAGACCACCAAGGACCUGGGCCGGGCCGUGGGCAUGAUGGUCUACGUGUUCAACUGCUCCGAGCAGAUGGACUACAAGUCCUGUGGGAACAUCUACAAAGGACUUGCCCAGACUGGCGCUUGGGGCUGCUUCGACGAGUUCAAUCGCAUUUUGGUGGAGGUCCUGUCUGUCAUUGCCGUGCAGGUAAAAUGUAUUCAGGAUGCAAUCCGUGGCAGGAAGAAAACAUUCAACUUCCUUGGGGAGACCAUCUCACUGGUCCCAUCGGUGGGGAUCUUCAUCACCAUGAACCCUGGCUACGCCGGGCGCACAGAGCUGCCCGAGAACCUGAAAGCUCUGUUCAGACCCUGCGCUAUGGUGGUCCCCGAUUUUGAACUGAUCUGCGAAAUCAUGCUUGUGGCAGAGGGGUUUCUUGAUGCCAGGCUCCUGGCAAGGAAGUUCAUCACUCUCUACACGCUCUGCAAAGAGCUGCUGUCGAAACAGGACCACUAUGACUGGGGGCUGCGGGCCAUCAAGUCCGUGCUGGUGGUGGCAGGCUCCUUAAAGAGGGGGGACCCUGGCUCUGCAGAGGACCAGGUCCUGAUGAGAGCUUUACGAGACUUCAAUAUCCCCAAGAUCGUGACAGAUGACUUGCCUGUGUUCUUGGGGCUGAUUGGAGACCUGUUUCCAGCACUGGACGUUCCCAGGAAGAGGAACCUCGAAUUUGAGAAGGUGAUCCGUGAGGCCGUGGUGGAGCUGAAGCUGCAGGCGGAGGAGAACUUUGUGCUGAAGGUGGUGCAGCUGGAGGAGCUGCUCCAAGUGCGACACUCCGUCUUCGUCGUCGGCAACGCCGGCUGCGGCAAGUCCCAGGUGCUGAAGUCGCUCAACAAGACGUACAAAAUGCUGAAGAGGAGGCCGGUCACGAUUGACCUGGACCCCAAGGCUGUGACCUGCGAUGAGCUGUUUGGGAUCAUCCAUCCAGCCACACGGGAAUGGAAGGAUGGUCUGUUCUCCACAGCCAUGCGUGACCUGGCCAACAUCACACAUGAUGGGCCCAAAUGGAUCAUCCUUGAUGGAGACAUUGAUCCAAUGUGGAUCGAGUCCUUGAACACAGUCAUGGAUGACAAUAAGGUUCUCACCUUGGCCAGCAACGAGCGCAUCCCCCUCACUCCCACCAUGAGGCUCAUCUUCGAGAUCAGCCACCUGCGGACGGCCACGCCGGCCACCGUGUCCCGGGCUGGAAUCCUCUACAUCAACCCUGCAGACCUGGGCUGGAGCCCCAUUGUGGCCAGCUGGAUUGACACAAGAACAGAGAAGUCUGAGAAGGCUGCUCUGACGAUCCUCUUUGACAAGUACCUGCCACCAUGCCUGGAGAAGCUCAAGUCUGAGUUCAAGACAAUCACUCCUGUUCCUGACGUCACAGCCAUACAGACAGUUCUGUCCCUGCUGGAAUGUUUUCUGACACCCCAGAAUGUCCCACCAGACUCACCCCGGGAGCAAUACGAGCUCUUCUUCGUCUUCGCCUGCAUCUGGGCCUUUGGUGGAGCCUUGUUCCAGGACCAGCUGGUGGAUCACCGCCAGCAGUUCAGCAAGUGGUGGCUGUCGGAAUUUAAAGCCAUCAAGUUUCCUAAUCAGGGGACAGUUUUUGACUAUUACAUUCAUCCCAAAACGAAGACAUUCAAUCUCUGGGAUGAAAGAGUGCCAGCGUUUGAGCUCGACCCCGACAUCCCCUUACAGGCGGCCGUGGUGCACACCACAGAGACCAUUCGCCUCCGCUACUUCAUGGACCUGCUGAUGGAGAAGCAGCAGCCGGUGAUGCUGGUGGGGAACGCAGGGACAGGAAAGUCAGUCCUGAUGUGGGACAAGCUGGAAGCGCUUGGCACAGAUGAAUACCUGGUGCAGUCUGUGCCCCUCAACUUCUACACAACCUCGGCCAUGCUGCAGGCCGUCCUUGAGAAACCCCUGGAGAAGAAAUCAGGGAGGGUUUUUGGCCCACCUGGCACCAGAAGGCUGAUCUACUUCAUCGAUGACAUGAACAUGCCAGAGGUGGACAAGUACGGCACUGUGGCACCACACACGCUUAUUCGGCAGCACCUGGACCACGGGCACUGGUAUGACAGGAGCAAGCUGACCCUGAAGGACAUUCGCAACUGCCAGUACGUGGCCUGCAUGAACCCGACCGCGGGGUCCUUCACCAUCGACCCACGGCUGCAGCGCCACUUCUGCGUGCUGGCCGUGUGCUUCCCCAGCCGCGAGGCUCUGAGCACCGUGUACGGCACCAUCCUGCAGCAGCACCUGGCCCGCCACAACAUGCCCAUGCCUCUGCAGAAAAUGCAGCCCAAGCUGGUGGCAGCAGCGCUGGCCCUGCACCAGAAGGUUGCUGCCAACUUUCUGCCAACAGCCAUCAAGUUCCACUACAUCUUCAACCUGCGGGACCUCUCCAACAUAUUCCAGGGGCUGCUCUUCUCCACCCCUGACUGCCUGAAAACCCCCGUGGACUUGGUGCGUCUCUGGCUCCACGAAGCAGAGAGGGUGUAUGGAGACAAGCUUGUUGAUGAAGAGGAUCAGUACAGCUUCAAGAAGGUGAUGACCGACAUCAGCAAAGCCUCCUUUCAAGAGAUCAAUGAAGAGCUGAUGUUCGCCAAACCCAACAUCUACUGCCACUUUGCCCAGGGCAUGGAUGACUUCAAGUACAUGCCAGUGACGAGCUGGGCAUCCCUGAGUGGCCUGCUCGGGGAAGCCCUGGACAGCUACAAUGAGGUGAAUGCAGCGAUGAAUCUGGUGCUCUUUGAAGACGCAGUGUCUCACAUUUGCAGAAUUAGCCGGAUCUUGGAGUCUCCUCGGGGCAACGCGCUGCUGGUGGGGGUGGGAGGCAGUGGGAAGCAGAGCCUGGCUCGGCUGGCAGCUCACAUCAGCAACCUGAGCGUGUUCCAGAUCACGCUGAGGAAAGGCUACGGCAUCCCAGACCUGAAGCUGGACCUUGCCUCCCAGUACAUGAAGGCAGCUGUGAAGAACAUCCCCAGCGUGUUCCUGAUGACAGACUCCCAGGUGGCUGAAGAAUCAUUCCUGGUUGUGAUCAAUGAUUUCUUGGCGUCUGGGGAGGUGCCAGGCCUCUUUCAGGAUAAUGACAUGGAAACCAUCAUCGGGUCCAUGAGGCCUCAAGUGAAGUCCCUUGGAUUGGAAGAUACAAAGGAAAACUGCUGGAAAUUAUUUAUAGAAAAAGUCAGGCGCCAGUUGAAGGUUGUCCUCUGCUUCUCCCCCGUGGGCUCCACCCUGCGUGUGAGGGCCAGGAGGUUCCCAGCUGUGGUCAACUGCACGGCCAUCGACUGGUUCCACGAGUGGCCCGAGGACGCCCUCGUGUCCGUCAGCAGCCGGUUCCUGGAGGAAACACCGGACAUCGAGCCAGAGGUCAAGGCCUCCAUCAGCCAGUUCAUGUCCUUCGUCCACACAAGCUCAAAGGAGAUGUCCAAGAUCUACCUGGCCGUGGAGAGACGCUAUAACUACACCACGCCAAAGACCUUCCUGGAGCAGAUAAAGCUCUACCAGAACCUGCUGGCAGAUAAAAGGAGCAACCUCUCCAGCAGCAUUGACAGGCUGGAGAAGGGGCUGAUGAAGCUGCGGAGCACAGCAUCACAGGUGGAUGACCUGAAAGCCAUGCUGGCAGUCCAGGAGGUAGAGCUGAAGCAGAAGAAUGAGGACACAGACAAACUGAUCCACGUGGUGGGCGUUGAGACAGAGAAGGUCAGCAAGGAGAAAGCCAUAGCUGAUGAGGAGGAGCUGAAGGUCGAAGCCAUCAACAAGAUAGUGGCUGAGAAGCAGCAAGCCUGUGCGAGCGAACUGGCAGAAGCAGAGGUGGUGCUCUCGGCCGCCCGCGAGGCCCUCGACACGCUCAACAAGUACAACCUGACGGAGCUGAAGUCCUUUGGGGCCCCACCACCAGAGGUAGUGAAUGUGAUGGCAGCUGUGCUGAUUCUGACGGCUGAAAACGGCAAGAUUCCGAAGGACAAGAGCUGGACAGCAGGAAAAGUCAAGAUAGGAAAAGCAGACACCUUCCUUGCAAGCUUAAAAAACUAUGAUGGGGAAAACAUCCCUGAGGCCUGUCUCAAGGCAUUUGAGCCCUACCGGAACGACCCCAGCUUUAAUCCCGAGUUCAUCAAGUCCAAGUCAACGGCCGCAGCAGGGCUGUGCUCCUGGUGCCUCAACAUGGUGCGCUUCUACGAGGUGCACUGCACGGUGAAGCCCAAGAGACAGGCAGUGGCCGAUGCUGAUGCCGAGCUGGCAGAGGCGCAGGCGAGGCUGAGUAAAAUUAAGAGCAAAAUUGCGGCCCUGAAUGAAAAUCUGGCGACUCUCACUGCUCAGUUUGAGAAAGCCACAGCAGAGAAGAUCAAAUGCCAGCAGGAGGCUGAUGAAACCAACAAAGUCAUCAAUUUGGCAAACAGGCUCGUUGGGGGCCUGGCGUCUGAAAACGUGCGCUGGGCUGAGUCAGUGGAGGAUCUCAGAGAGCAGGAGAAGACGCUGUGUGGGGACGUGCUGCUGGUCUCCGCCUUCGUGUCCUACAUCGGAUACUUCACCAAGAAGUACAGGGCUGAGCUGCUGGAGAAGCACUGGGUUCCCUUCCUCCAGGGGCAGAAGGUGCCCAUCCCCAUCACCCCGGAGCUGGACCCCCUGAGCCUCCUCACGGACUCUGCCGACGUGGCUGCCUGGAACAACCAGGGGCUGCCCAGCGACCGCACGUCCACCGAGAACGCGGCCAUCCUGUGCAGCACGCAGCGCUGGCCGCUGCUCGUGGACGCCCAGCUGCAGGGCGGCAAGUGGAUCAAGAACAAAUUCGGGGAGGACCUGCAGAUCGUCCGCCUGGGCCAGAAAAGAUACCUGGACAUCAUUGCCCAGGCGGUCUCUGAAGGACAGACACUGCUCAUCGAGGACAUCGGGGAGACCAUCGAGGCAGUGCUGGACCCGCUGCUGGGCAGGACCUUCAAGGGCAGAUACAUUAGGAUUGGAGAUAAAGAAGUAGAGUAUAACCAGCAGUUCCGCCUAAUCCUGCAUACCCGAAGUUUCAACCCGCACUACAAGCCAGAGGUGCAGGCUCAGUGUACUCUCAUCAACUUCUUGGUGACACGGGAGGGCCUGGAGGACCAGCUGCUGGCUGCUGUGGUGGCCCGGGAGCGGCCAGACCUGGAGGCCCUGAAGGCAAGCCUGACCAAGAGCCAGAACGAGUUCAAGAUCAAGCUGAAGGAGCUGGAGGACUCCCUGCUCGCCCGGCUGUCAGCUGCUGGGGGAGAUUUCCUGCGGGACACAGCACUGGUAGAGAACCUGGAGAUAACGAAGCGCACAGCCAAGGAAAUUGAGGAAAAGGUAAAAGAAGCCAAAGUCACUGAAGUACAAAUAAACGUAGCGAGAGAGAACUACCGGCCAGCAGCAGAGCGUGCAUCCCUGCUGUACUUCAUCCUGAGUGACCUCUGCAAGAUCAACCCCAUCUACCAGUUCUCUCUCAAGGCCUUCAACGGGGUCUUUGAGAAAGCCAUCGAGCGAGCAGUCCCCAGCGACGACACCCGGGAAAGGGUGAUCAACCUGACCGACCAGAUCACCUUCUCCGUCUAUGUGUACACUGCUCAGGGCCUCUUUGAGAGAGACAAACUCAUCUUCCUGGCCCAGGUUGCCUUCCAGGUCCUGGCCCUCAAGAAAGAAGUGAACCCAGCAGAGCUGGACUUUCUCCUGCGCUUCCCUUCCAAGACUGGUGUCACGUCCCCCGUGGACUUCCUGCAGAACCAGAACUGGGGUGCUGUCAAGGCGCUUUCAGAAAUGGAUGAGUUCACCAGCCUGGAGAACGACAUCGAGAGCUCAGCAAAGCGAUGGAAAAGGUUUGUGGAGAUGGAGGCGCCAGAGAACGAGGUGUUCCCCAUGGACUGGAAGAACAAGACAGCCCUGCAGAAGCUGUGUGUGCUGCGGUGCCUGCGCCCUGACAGGAUGACCUAUGCCAUCAGGAAAUUUGUGGAAGAGAAAAUGGGAAGCAAGUAUGUGAAAGGAAGGAGCAUUGAUCUCUCUGAGGUGUACAAGGAGAGCAGCCCCUCCUCGCCCCUGUUCUUCAUCCUCUCCCCUGGUGUUGACCCACUGAAGGACGUGGAGGCUCUGGGCACGAGGCUGGGAUUCACCAUUGACAACGGGAAGAUCCACAAUGUGUCCCUGGGGCAGGGCCAGGAGGUGGUGGCAGAGCACGCCAUGGAGGUGGCAGCUGCCGAGGGCCACUGGGUCAUCCUGCAGAACAUCCACCUGGUGGCGCGGUGGCUGAGCACACUAGAGAAGCUGGUGGAGCACCACAGCCUAGAAAGCCACCCCGAGUACCGACUGUUCAUGAGCGCCGAGCCAGCCCCCAGCCCCGAGACACACAUCAUCCCACAGGGGCUGCUGGACAACUCCAUCAAGAUCACCAGCGAGCCACCCACAGGCAUGCGUGCCAACCUGCAUGGAGCCCUGGACCUCUUCAACCAGGAAACUCUGGAGCAGUGCAGCAAAGAGUCGGAGUUCAGGUGCAUCCUGUUUGCCCUUUGCUACUUCCACGCCGCGGUGGCCGAGCGGCGCAGGUUUGGGACCCAGGGCUGGAACAGGUCCUACCCCUUCAACAACGGCGACCUGACCGUCUCUGUCAAUGUCCUGCAGAACUACCUGGAGGCCAACGCCAAGGUCCCGUGGGAUGACCUCCGGUACCUGUUUGGGGAGAUCAUGUACGGGGGGCACAUCACGGAUGACUGGGACCGCCGGCUGUGCCGCACGUACCUGAGCGAGUACGUGCAGCCCGAGAUGCUGGACGGUGAGGUGUCCUUGGCUCCAGGGUUCAUGAUCCCUCCCCGAAUGGAUUACGAGGCCUACCACCAGUACAUCGAUGACAACCUGCCAGGAGAGAGCCCCCACCUGUAUGGCCUGCAUCCCAAUGCAGAGAUGGGUUUCCUGACCGUCACCUCGGACAGGCUCUUCCGUACGGUGCUGGAGCUGCAGCCCAAGGAAUCCGAGGCUGCCGGAGGCUCGGGUGUCUCCCGAGAGGAACAGGUGAAGGCAGUCCUGGAUGAAAUCAUCCAGCAGCUGCCAGACCCGUUCAACAUGGAGGAGAUGAUGGGAAAGGCAAAGGAAAAAACCCCAUACACGGUUGUAGCCCUCCAGGAGUGUGAAAGGAUGAACAUCCUGACCAACGAGAUGAGGCGCUCGCUGAAGGAGCUGGACCUGGGACUGCAGGGAGAGCUGACGAUUACAUCCGAGAUGGAAGAGCUGUCAAAUGCUCUCUUCUAUGACAACGUUCCAGAAUCAUGGACACGUUAUGCCUACCCCUCCCUCCUCACCCUGGCCAACUGGUAUGCAGACCUGCUCCUGCGGAUCAGGGAACUGGAGGUCUGGUCAACAGAUUUUGUGCUGCCUGCAACAGUGUGGCUGGCGGGAUUCUUCAACCCCCAGUCCUUCCUCACAGCCAUCAUGCAGUCCACAGCCAGGAAAAAGCAGUGGCCACUGGAUAAGAUGUGUCUGGCAGCAGAUGUGACCAAGAAAACCCGCGAGGAAAUAACAUUUCCCCCUAGAGAAGGCUCCUACGUGCACGGGCUGUUCAUGGAAGGCGCGCGCUGGGACGUGCCCUCGGGCUCCAUCGCGGAGGCGCGCAUGAAGGAGCUGACGCCCGAGAUGCCGGUGAUCCUGCUCAGAGCCAUCCCCGUGGACCGCAUGGACACCAUCAACGUCUACGAGUGCCCCGUCUACAAGACACGGAUGCGAGGGCCCACCUACGUCUGGACCUUCAACCUGAAGACAAAAGAAAAAGCUGCCAAAUGGGUCCUGGCUGGUGUGGCUCUGCUCCUAGAGGCCUAGAUUUAAUGACAAUGGAAAACAGCAGUACUUUUAGUUGUAAAAACCUCCCUGUUGUGUAACUCAGUCUAUGUUAGAUUGUACCAGAACCAUUUUAGCAAAGUUUCAAUAAAACCAG